AUGUCUUUCCGUGGAGGCCGUGGCGGUUUCGGUGGCCGUGGAGGUCGCGGAGGUUUCCAGCAACCUCUCGGUCCCCCUGCCCAAGUUCUGGAGAUGGGAACUGUCAUGCAUUCUUGCGAAGGCGAGAUGGUUUGCGAAUCCAUCAACCCCAAGAUUCCUUACUUCAACGCCCCCAUCUACCUCGAGAACAAGACCCCUAUCGGUAAGGUCGAUGAAGUCCUGGGCCCCAUCAACCAGGUCUACUUCACCAUCAAGCCCCAGGAAGGAAUUGUCGCGACCUCCUUCAAGCCUGGUGACAAGGUCUACAUUGGUGGCGACAAGCUCCUUCCCUUGGAGAAGUUCCUUCCCAAGCCCAAGCCCGCUCCCGGUGCUGCCAAGCCCAAGAGAGCUGGCGGUGGUGCCAGAGGCGGUCCCAUGCGCGGUGGCCGUGGUGGUGGCCGUGGUGCCCCCAUGCGUGGUGGUCGCGGCGGCGCUCCCAGAGGACGUGGUGGUCCCAGGGGUGGUGGCUUCCGUGGUGGUAGCGGUGGUGGCUUCGGCGGUGGUUUCGGCGGUGGUUUCUCGAGGGGUGGUGGCAGAGGAGGACCUCGUGGUGGAGGCUUCCGCGGACGGUAG